GCCAAAGAAGACGCCUGUGAGUGCGACAUGGGCUUCGCCCUCCUCGCAAACUUCAUUGUGUGUCAGGCUUGCCCGCUGGGGACCUACAAGGGCUCAAUCAGCAACGAAAAAGGCUGCGAGGACUGUCCUAACGGCGCGACGACUUUCCAGACGGCCUCGGUGAAUCUCAGCGCAUGCACCCACUCCUUCGGAAACGUCUUGAGCUCCGCUGUAGUGCCGGCGGCCACCUUCCGGCUCAGCGUGGAGCUGCGUGACGAUGGCAAAGGUGACUCAAACGUGGAAGACGUGGAUGCGGAUGAACGGACGGCGAUCAUCCAGCGGACGCAGGCCGUCAUCGUCACUGUGGCCGCGACGCUGUCCGGGUUGUCGGAGGCAUCCGUGCACGUCGCUGUGUUGGACCUUCCUCAGCGCAGUCUAGGAAGCUUGACAGUGUUGUGA